CCAAGAAGACUUGCGAGAUGUCACGCACUACUUUCGUCCUCUUUCACGCCCUUAUUUUCGCCGCUGCCUUCUUCGGCCCUCUGUCAGCCAUUCAGUCCCCCGACUCGAUCCAAACUGAUCGGUCGCAGCUUGCCUCGCCGCCUUAUUUGGGCGACAGCAAGAUGCAGUCGUACAGACACAGACCAAUCCGCAAACCCUUUUCGCGAGCAUCGAGGCAGCCAGUUGCAAUCCUCUGCCAACGGUACCAGGACUUGCCCUAUAAGGGAUACCACAUUUACAACAAUCUUUGGGGCGAGGAUAAAGGUCAAGGCAAGCAGUGUACCUCUCUGUAUGAUGUCGGUCGUAAUGGCGUCAUAUGGUCAAGCGAAUGGACAUGCUCUAGAUCAGGCCAGGUCAAGUCUUACGCCAACGUUCAGAGACCAUUCCAGUCCAUAUUCAUAAAUGAUCUCAGGACAAUCCCAACGCACUGGUCUUGGCGUUACGACAAACUACAAAAGGGUACGGUGGCCAACGUGGCCUAUGACAUGAUGACCGAACCUUACGGCACCAAUGGUCCAAAAUACGAGAUAAUGAUUUGGUUGGCCAGUAUAGGAGGAGCCGGACCAAUAUCAAAGACCAGUGACCCCCUCAGAACGGUCCAGAUCAGUGGCACCUACUUCGAUCUCUAUGAGGGUUUUCCCAAGGGUUUGAUCACCUACUCGUUUGUCCCCGUCAAAGGCGGUUAUUUGCAGGAGUUCCAGGGAAACCUAUUCCCGUUCCUCUUGUACCUCAAACAGCACAAUCUGUUGCCAGGGGACGCGAAGCUGGCAACAAUCGGUGCCGGAACCGAGCCGUUCGAGGGAUCGGGCACCUUCGUCACAACGUCCCUCUCCAUCGACAUCAAGUGA